CUGCCCGGCACGGCCGGGCCCGGGAUGGAGCCCAGGACGACGCGACUGGCGGCAGCGGCCUCUGCAGUCAGCCAAGGGCCUGGUGGGCUCUGGACCCCAGGCAGGCCCGAGGCCGGCGUGUGCUCCCUGGCCCUGCCCUCCGACCUGCAGCUGGACCGCCGGGGAGCCGAGGGGCCGGAGGCGGAGCGACUGCGGGCGGCCCGCGUCCAGGAGCAGGUCCGCGCCCGCCUUCUGCAGCUGGGCCAGCAGCCGCGGCACAAUGGGGCCACAGAGGUGGAGGCCGAGGCAGCUAGAGGCACGUCCAGGGCUCAGUACCACACCCUGCAGUCUGGCUUCAGCUCGCGCUCUCAGGGCCUGAGCGGGGACAAGACCUCGACCUUCCGGCCCGUUGCCAAGCCAGCCUACGGCCCGGCCUCCUGGUCCUCUCGCUCGGCGGUCGACCUGAGCUGCAGUCAGAGGCUGAGCUCCGCCCACAACGGGGGCAGCGCCUUUGCGGCUGUGGGAUACAGGGGCACCCAGCCCACCCCACACAUGCCCACCAGGCCCGUGUCCUUCCACGAGCGCGGUGGGGGCGGGAGCCGGGCCGACUAUGACACCCUGUCACUGCGCUCCCUGAGGCUGGGGGCCGGGGCCCUGGAUGACCGCUACAGUGUGGUGUCCGAGCAGCCGGAGCCCGCGGCCGCCUCCACCUACAGGGCCUUCGCCUACGAGCGCCAGGCCAGCUCCGGCUCCGGGCGGGCGGCGGGGCUGGACUGGCCAGAGGCCCCCGAGGGCCCUCCGUGCCGGACCAUCCGUGCCCCGGCCAUGCGGACCUUGCAGCGAUUCCAGAGCAGCCACCGAAGCCGCGGGGGGGCCGGGGCGGUGCCACCGGGGGCCGUCCUGGAGCCUGUGGCCCGAGCGCCGUCCGUGCGCAACCUCAGCCUCAGCCUGGCCGACUCAGGCCAUCUGCCUGACGUGCGUGGGCUGGACAGCUACUGCAGCCACCGCUCCCUGCAGAGGCUCAGCAGCGGUUUUGAUGACAUUGACCUGCCCUCAGCAGUCAAGUACCUCAUGGCUUCAGACCCCAACCUGCAGGUGCUGGGAGCAGCCUACCUCCAGCACAAGUGCUACAGCGACGCGGCAGCCAAGAAGCAGGCCCGCAGCCUCCAGGCCAUACCCAGGCUGGUGAAGCUGUUCAACCACGCCAACCAGGAGGUGCAGCGCCACGCCACGGGCGCCAUGCGCAACCUCAUCUACGACAACGCGGACAACAAGCUGGCCCUGGUGGAGGAGAACGGGAUAUUCGAGCUGCUGCGGACACUGCGGGAGCAGGACGAUGAGCUGCGCAAGAACGUCACAGGGAUUCUGUGGAACCUGUCAUCCAGCGACCACCUGAAGGACCGCCUGGCCCGCGACACGCUGGAGCAGCUCACGGACCUGGUGCUGAGCCCCCUGUCCGGGGCCGGCGGCCCCCCCCUCAUCCAGCAGAACGCCUCCGAGGCUGAGAUUUUCUACAACGCCACCGGCUUCCUCAGGAACCUCAGCUCAGCCUCGCAGGCCACCCGCCAGAAGAUGCGCGAGUGCCACGGGCUGGUGGAUGCCCUGGUCACCUACAUCAACCAUGCCCUGGACGUGGGCAAGUGCGAGGACAAGAGCGUGGAGAACGCGGUGUGUGUGCUGCGGAACUUGUCCUACCGCCUGUACGACGAGAUGCCACCUUCCGCCCUGCAGCGGCUGGAGGGCCGGGGCCGCAGGGACGUGGCGGGGGCACCGCCCGGCGAGGUGGUGGGCUGCUUCACGCCCCAGAGCCGGCGGCUGCGCGAGCUGCCGCUGACGGCCGACGCCCUCACCUUCGCUGAGGUGUCCAAGGACCCCAAGGGCCUGGAGUGGCUGUGGAGCCCCCAGAUCGUGGGGCUGUACAACCGGCUGCUGCAGCGCUGUGAGCUCAACCGCCACACCACGGAGGCGGCCGCCGGGGCACUGCAGAACAUCACUGCCGGAGACCGCAGGUGGGCUGGCGUGCUGAGCCGCCUGGCCCUGGAGCAGGAGCGCAUCCUGAACCCGCUGCUGGACCGAGUCCGGACUGCGGACCACCACCAGCUGCGCUCGCUGACCGGCCUCAUCCGAAACCUGUCUCGGAAUGCCAGGAACAAGGACGAGAUGUCCACGAAGGUCGUGAGCCACCUGAUUGAGAAGCUCCCUGGCAGCGUGGGUGAGAAGUCGCCCCCAGCUGACGUGCUGGUCAACAUCAUCGCUGUGCUCAACAACCUGGUCGUGGCCAGUCCCAUCGCCGCCCGAGACCUGCUCUACUUCGACGGGCUCCGCAAGCUCAUCUUCAUCAAGAAGAAGCGGGACAGCCCCGACAGUGAGAAGUCGUCCCGGGCGGCCUCCAGCCUCUUGGCCAACCUGUGGCAGUACAAUAAGCUCCACCGUGACUUCCGGGCGAAGGGCUAUCGGAAAGAGGACUUCCUGGGCCCGUAGGCAAGACCCCCUGGAGGAGGAGAAGGUGAUGUGGCCCAGCCUCCGAGGGACAGGCUCAGCUCCAGCCGCGCCAGCCUGGCCUGGAGGAGAAGGCUGACGCCCGAGGGGCCUCUUACUGGGGCCCUAGGCCACCGGGAGGGGUGGGGGCUCACAGCUGGGGACUGGGCUUCCGCAGGGCAGGGGGUGGGGCAGGGCUUGAGGCAGCUUGGGUGUGUGGGGCGGUGACUUGGGCACAUUGGCAGAGGUGGGGCCAGCUGUGGCCUGGCAGCACCACAGGGCAGCCGGCACUGAAAUAAAGAUGGCAAUGAACACA